UCAUUUAGGGCUUCCUUCUUGAUUUGGACUAGAGCAAGUAUCCUUUCAUCUAGGAUGGGUUGCUAGCAGGACGAAGAGGACGGAGCAGGAAUUUGCUCAGAAUUUUUUUACUGUUUUUUAAAAUAAUUUUAUAGUAUAAUUUUUUAAUUUUUUACUGAAAAGCUGCUGGAAGAAGUAGGAAGACAGCCCUCCCCCCAAAACGAAGCCUACGUCUCCGACAGCAGCUACACCGCAAAGCUCACCGCUUGUGUGAGGGCUUCGACUUUUUUCAUUGGCCAGCGUCCGUUUAUCUCCCUUCCCGCCCGUCCGUCCCGCGCGUAUCGCCAGCGAUGCCGAGCCUCUCGCGAUUAACCCUAGUCCUGUGCUGCGUCUGGGUUCUUACGCUCCUCUGUGGCGAGAUGGUCGCCUAUUGGAUCCCUCUGUGGACGUGCUCAUGGCCUCAACCCGACGUCGACUUCUCCUCGCAAUCGUCAUCUAUUGAUGGUCAUGCGGUGAAGAUUGCUGUUGUAGCUGACCCGCAGCUAAUGGAUGGGACAUCGCUCAGCCUUGCUCCCAAGUCGCUUGCACUAGAGGCUGCAAAAUUUUAUACAGAUUUAUACAUGCGGAGGUCUUUCCAUUUGUCUAUAUUGCCAUUCAAACCAAAUUUGGUUAUAUUCCUGGGUGAUCAUUUUGAUGGGGGACCUUUCUUGUCGGAUCAAGAGUGGAUGGAAUCAUUUAGCCGUUUUAAGCAUAUUUUUGGUUUGGAGGAACAUGGAAGAUAUUCAGAUAUCUUGGUUUAUUAUCUAUGUGGAAAUCAUGAUAUUGGUUAUUCAAGUUUCCAUGCACAACAUCCCGAGGUCAUUGACCGUUAUGAGAAGGAAUUUGGAGCAAGAAACUAUCAUUUCUCAGCUGGAAAAGUGAACUUCAUUGUGGUUGAUGCACAAACACUAGAUGGUCCUAAACAUGAAAAAGAAACAUCUGUGUCUUGGGAGUUUAUCAAAAGCAUAUCAACAGCUAAUAUGUCAAGACCCAGAGUCUUGCUGACACACAUUCCUCUGUAUCGUCCUAAUGACUCCCCUUGUGGUUCAUACCGUUCUUCAGGUGUCAUCAAUCAGAGAGUUUCCUUUGUUGGCCAUGAUCAAGGAAUAAAAUACCAGAAUUACCUGACAAAAGAUACUUCUGAUCGUUUGCUGGACUUGAUCAAACCUUCACUUGUAUUGUCCGGACAUGAUCAUGAUCAAUGUACAGUGACCCACUCAACACAGUUUGGAUCUGUGGUAGAGCAUACCCUAGGUACCGUAAGCUGGCAACAGGGAAACCUUUAUCCGUCAUUUAUGCUACUCACAGCAACUCCCUCAAAUGCAACUAGCUCAAACAGUGCUGUUUCAACUAGCCUUUGUUUCCUUCCUAUGCAAACACACAUCUACAUCUGGUACUUGUGCCAGUUUGUUGUUACUCUUUUACUUCUUUUCGUAUGGCCAACAAACGGGUUUGCCAUCUUUGGCCAAUUGACGAGCUUCGUUAGUUCUGUAAGAAGGAAAUGGGCGAAUAUGAAAGAAAAGGUCGAUGAGGAAGAUUGCGAAUAUGACAUGAUCUGGGAUUCAGAAGGAUCGAUGCAUCUAAUAAAGAAACACAAAACUGUCCCAGCAGCAUACUCCAAUGUUGGAGUAACAGGAAGGGGUAAUGCCGUGUUAAGGUCUUCUGCCAAGAAGCAGUCAACACAAGAGCAUGAAACAUCUAUUUCCAUGGAGAUGAACACUGAUAUGAACUCGGAGAAAACCGGAAAAACUCGACAAAAUAGAUCAAUGAUGAUCAGGUUUGCUCUACGGCUGAUUCGGGUGUUACGGUUGACGAUAAUUAUAGCUGCAGUUAAUGUCCCUCUUUACAUGAUGCUGUUGUUCAAGGACUGGAUUGACCGUUGAUUAAAGAUCGUAGAUCCUUAAUCAAAAUGAAAUCGUUCGUUUUGAUGUUUGAGAAUUUAUAUAUAUUCUUCACAUGUAAUGUAUGGGAGUUGAGAUCUAAGUGAGGUUUUUAAGAUUGUUGUAGAACAAAUUUUGGUAAUGGAUUUUAUAACUUUGUUUAAAAGAAUACAA